AUGGCUACCACACUCCUCGCCGUCGCAGCUGCCUGUCUCCCUACCACCCUCGCCGACGCCAACUUCGUCGCGGGCACGUGUAAGAGCUCCGACAACGACCAGUGCGUGGCGGUGCUGGGCACCGACCCGCGGAGCGCCAAGGCGACCACGGUGCGCGAGCUCGCAAGCAUCGGGCUCGACAUCGCCACCGCCAACGCCAAGGACAGCUCCAGCUUCCUCGCGAGGGAGGCCGGCAAGCAGGGCGGCGUGGAGACCGGGAACGCGCUGCGACAGUGCGUCUCGUGCUACGGCGACGCCGUCCUCGCGCUCAAGGCGGCGCGCGAGGGCUUCGACGCCGGCGCGUACGGCGAGGCGGAGGCGCGGACGGGCGCGGCGGAGGACGCCGGGGACCGGUGCGAGCAGGCGUUCACCGACCGCGGGCUCAAGUCCAUCGUGCCGGACGUCGACAGGAGGAUGAAGGACUGGACAAGCGUCGCCAGCGACCUCAUCGACCUCCUCUGGAUCGUCAAACGAUCCCGCCGCCUCUUGCGUGCCUAG